CAAUCUGUCUGGGAGGGGAAGCUCUGUUUGCAAAUGAGUUCUCUAAUGUUUCAUCCUGUUCCUUUGCACUCGUGUUGUAGCUCACAGGAAUGAACUUCUCUAAAAACCCUGUACUUUAAGCAAUGGUCUCGGUCUAACUUCUAAAAACCCUCUGACAGCCACAGUCGGACAUUUAAGGAAGUUUGACGAAAGUUUCAGAAUGGCCGACUACAACGCUGAACCACAAGCGCCUAGCAAACUCAACCAAGUUCAGGAUCAAGUCAAUGAUGUUAAAGUCAUUCUCAAAGACAACAUCAACAAAGUCCUGGAGAGAGGAGAGCGGUUAGAUGAUCUGAUGGGCAAAACAGACGAUCUGCAGGCCACGGCGGACUCGUUUCAAAGGACAUCCACGCGUGUUGCCAGAAAGAUGUGGUGGAAAAACACCAAGAUGAUGAUAAUAAUUGGUGUGGUUGUGCUUGCCAUCAUCAUUUUAAUCAUCCUGCUAGCAACACAAGUCAUUCCCACCUAAUACAACCCAGACAAGUACACACACACACACACACACUAAGAAUUAAUGCCUUUUUUACUAUGAAAGAAACUGGACACAUUUGUGUAUAGGUAUAUUUCUAUUUUUGACAUUUCCUGUAAAAUUCUAUAUAAAUCUGGGGUGAAUAGGGGUGUGUAUACAUAUGCAUUAUAUGUGGUUUUUACUUGUUAGGCUGUUUUUCUAAUAUAAUGAGACUGAAAACAAGAGUCUUUCAGGAUGUACCUGCUGUGCUUGACACAUUCCUAUCAAAAACACACCAAAAACCAUUUCAAUUCUGAUGACAUUUCAUUACGAACCUGCAGACCUGUGAAUGGUUAUAUGACAGUGACUCGUAACAUUUCUCAUGCUUUAACUACUGUGAAAUCUCUCCGAGCUCGUGAAACUGAUUUUAUAGCUUGACAAAGUAUAGUCUGGGCUGAAUUAAGAGGCUUUUUCAAACCCUUACAAUGUCUCAGUCAGAAGCUGUCUUUGUCAAGAGGAUGUGUGGACUGUAUAGAUAAUAUGAUCUAUAUGGGAAAUACUGAUUGGCAUGUAGUUAUUGUGUAAAAAUAAUUGCGUGACAGAAUGAAAACUUUCAAUGAAGUUCACCCAAAAGUGAACUACUUUCCUGCUGGAAACAAUAUAAUGAAAGAGAAUCACACAUGUAAAUAUAGUCCUUAUCACUCAAAACCAAAUGGUGUAGGAUUUACUUUAAACAAUUUUACAAUCAGAAAUGUAUAUUAAAUGUCACGAGUAAUUACAAACAUUGAAUUUCCCAUGUAAUUUUUUAAGUAGAAAGACUGAAAGUGGAUUUUAUUGUAAAACAUAUCCCAAUAAUGUUUAACUUACAAAAUAUGUUGGUAACAUUUCACCUUUGUGCAUGUACACUAUAAAUAUAUUCAUGGUGUGGAUUGUAAUGCAUUACAUCAUUUCAUAAACAAUUACAACCAAAGUGAAAACGCAUUGUUAUUUGAAGGGUUUUUACUUUCUGAACGUGUGACAAUAAAUAGAUAUUGUAACUGUG